UCUGGCUCAUCACUGGAACUUCGUAUGCAUUUCAUGAUAACCAAAGAAUCAUUAUGCUGAAUUUGACUUUCUGGUUUUAUAGAACUGGGCUCGGCAGAGACUUGGCUCUUGCUGCACUCGAGCGAGGCGAGAAAGUUAUCGCUACAGCUCAUCUCAAGGAGAAAGGUACAGAGACACUCGAGCUCGACGUCACUGCACCUCUUGAUGAUCUGAUGAAGAUCGCAGAGAAAGCGGUAGGAAUAUAUGACCGAUUCGACGUGUUGGUGAAUAAUGCUGGGUAUAUUCUCGUUGGGGGCUGGAGGAGAGCACGUAUGGCUUACAGCUUCUGUUCCUUCUUUCAAGUGAGCACCAAACGCGACCGUAUCGCUUCAUCUUGCCAACUUUAUCCUCGCAGCACGAAUGUAUUUGGCGCCUUGAAUGUGACUCGGGCAUUCCUCCCCUACAUGCGCGCCCGACGCACGGGUACCUUCGUCUGGUUAGGGUCCAUCGGCGGUUGGCGAGCUGUACCUAACGCCGGACUCUACGCCACCACCAAAUGGGCUCUCCGCGGAAUAUCAGAAACACUUCAUGUCGAAGUUUCCCCCUUGGGUCUUCGAAGCAUUUGUAUUGACUUUGGAUAUACUCGUACCUCUUUCCUAACGGCAGACCAUCGGAAGCCAUACGUUUCCAAGAUCGAGGACUAUAAAGAGAUCACGGAGAAGGUUGAGAGUGCUCUGCAGGCGUAUAAUGGCAAACAACCAGGAGAUCCGAAGAAGUGUGUACAGGUAAUGCUGGAUGUUGUUCGGGGGGAGGGACUUGGGCAAAGGAAGGAGUUCCCCAAGUCGUUGUUGCUGGGUUCAGAUUGUUUCGAGGGUGUACAAGAUCAGAUACAGGGAUAUCUGAAGCUUCAGGCGGAGUGAGAGGAUGUGUCAAGGAGUACAGAUUUUUGACU